UUAAUUUCUCACACACAUACAACUUCUCUCAUUCAUCCAAUUGAGCCAUCAAUUAAUAUUCUAGCUAUUGUACAUAUAUAUAAAGGCAUAUACACCAAGGUCAAAUAUCAAAAAGCUAGCUAGCUAGGUCUUGAAGAUUAAUUAGAAGUAUAAAACCAUUGGAAAGUUUUUCAAUCAUGAAACAUGGAUAUAUUAGUUCGAUGAUGGCUGAUAAUCACGAAGACGACGACCAUGACUACUCACCAGAAAAUAGUGAAGAUUCGCCGUCUUUUAGUAUAUUAAACGAUUCCAAGACCACUUCAAGCUCAGCAUCCCCUAAAAGAAGUAGACGAAACUUGAAUAAACGAGUUGUCACGGUGCCAAUAAAAGAAAUUGAAGGAUCUCGGCUUAAGGGUGAGACGAAUGCUCCUCCUUCGGAUGCUUGGGCAUGGAGAAAAUAUGGCCAGAAACCCAUCAAAGGCUCGCCCUACCCUCGUGGUUAUUAUAGAUGUAGUAGUUCAAAAGGAUGUCCAGCAAGAAAACAAGUUGAAAGAAACCGAGUCGACCCUACUAUGGUCAUAGUGACAUAUUCAUGCGAUCACAACCAUUCUUGGCCGGCUUCUAGAAACAACCGAAACUCAAUCGCAUCCCCGCCACCACCACCACCAGUCGAUGAGACAAAUUCGAACACCACCAACGAGGAGCAAGAGACCGAGGAUCACCCACACUUGCAAUCAAAAACAAAUCAAAACAAGGAUUUUACGAGCAUUGAUGUAGUAGGGCAUGGUUCGCCUUUUGUAACAUCUAUAGAUCAUCAAUUUGAGUGGUUUUCGGAUUUGGAAUCUCCUUCAUCAACUAUGCUAGAAAGUCCUUUGAUGGUUGGAGACAUAGUUCGUGACGCUGAUAUGGCAAUGAUAUUCUCGAUACGAGAAGAAGACGAGUCAUUAUUCGCCGAUCUUGGUGAAUUGCCCGAAUGCACGACUGUUUUUAAGCCAAGAGAAAUAAUAAACCAAGAUUAUAUCACCGGUGGUCAUGCAACUAAUUGGCCCCGUGGUGUGGGACAAAUAAAAGGAUGGUGACAAAAUGUGAUAGGCAACAUUUUUUAGUCACAAACAAAAAAAAAAAAACAAUUUGUCCUUUACUGUAUUCGAAAAAGUCAUAAAGGAUUUGCGUACAGUGCGCUUGAAGAUACAAAAGAAACAAUUUUAUAAUCUUGAUUUUUUUUUUUCGAUCUCC